GGCAGGCAGAUAGACGGGCUGGACUAGUAAACCCAAAACACGCUCAGUUUAGCUGACAACAACAACAACAACUACGAAGAGCCGCUUCAGUUAUAUCAGCCGGUAAACAAUGUGACCAAGCGUGAAGACCUCCCCACUCGGCGAGGACCGAUAGGAAAAGGGAAGAAAAAACAACAACAACAACGCAUGACAGCGAACUUCGGUCGCUGCGAGAGGCGCCCUGCACCAUGGCAUCCCAGCCGAGCGUACACAAUGAAGAACGGAACCUUCUCCGUCGCCGAGCAUGGGAACAAAGGAUCCAAGAAACCAGCCAAAUCAAAGAACUCGACGCGGAAAACGUGCCACUCUUUGCAGAACCCUACAAGACGAACAAAGGGGACGAGCUCUCGGAUCGAAUCCAAAGGAUGCUGGGCAGUUACGAAGACGUGAACAAUCCCACGCCCGUUCCACUCGAGCCUUUACCCAUUCCUUCCCUCUCACAGCCGGAUCAGAACCGGCCAGCUGCAGGUCAAUCACGCGAGACCCUGAUCCACAGUCAGGAGCUUUACACGGCUACCCAAAGUCAGAAAGGGACAUCUAAUAGCUCGUACCCGUCGCCCGCCUCCGUCUCGUCGCCAAGCCGCCGCGGGCGUCCAUCCAGGUUGUCAGCCCCUCCUCUGACCCCCGGUCAGCUCAGACACUCAGGGCAUCACAAAAAGGAGAGCGAAGUCUUCCCAGAUCUCAGGGGGGUCAUCAGCCUUCCCCAGGAAACGUCUGCCCCCUCUCCAGAUGCUAAGCCUCUUCCCGUCCUACAUUCCUGUGACCGCAAUAUUGUCAUGGAUACCCGGGACGCUCUCAGUAGACAUCAGCUUCAGGGGUCCCCCGAUAUUUCCUCAGGGUCGACCAGCAGCGGGACCGUUUUCACGCUGAACAUUCAGCUUUCGCCGAUAAAUCCACCUCCACCCCAAGCCAAGCCCAGCGCACUGCCCUCCCAGACCUUUCCUUCGCUGCUGCCGUCCAAGCCGGCCGGAGCAGUCCUGACCCAGAAGCCAACAGCCUAUGUGCGGCCCAUGGAUGGUCAGGACCAGGUGGUGGACAAGUCACCCGAGCUGAAGCCAUCACCGGAGCGUUACGCACCGCUGCCGGAGCUGAUCGGCAAAACUGACAUUGCCAAGACAAAGAUGACUCCUCAAUUCUUGGAGGCAUCAUCUGAUGAAGUUCUAUGUGUGGAAGAUAUCUUAAGGGAAAUGACUCAGUCAUGGCCCCCUCUGCUGACAGCUAUACACACACCACCCUCUGAGCCAUUCAAGUCUCCAGUCCCACCAAAGCAGGAAGCAGAACAAGUCUCCUCAUGUCGAGAAGAAAAAAACCAUCAAUUCACCGCUAAAGAGCCGCCUCAUUACAGCCAGCAGAACUCCUCAAAUUCCUUUGAAGCCACACAUUCCAGUGAUGCCGAGAUGACGAGCUCCAGCGACUCUGAGAGCAGCUUAGAGUCGGACUCGGACAGUGACCUCCCCACUAAGGAACCAAAACCUCCAGAGAGCAAACUAGUUCAAAUCGAGCCUGAUGCUCUGGCAGGGAGCCAUCGUGACUGGCAGCUGGGAGAGUGGCUUAGGUCCCGUCAGCAGAACUCAGGCACUGAUGCUCAAACCUCCAAGCAGAGCCGUGCAGACGCCGGAGAGGAGUCCAAGUCCUCAUCUCAGCAAAGAGAGCUCACCGCUGACCCGGCUGUUCCUCAGCGGAGCGUUAAAAGCGUCCAGGAUGGCUCCUGCAGGCAGAGCAAAAGCAAGAAACUCCUUUCGGAGGGCGGGAGCCGCUGCAGCAGUUCAAGGAAACUGGCCAAGCCGUCUGCGGCAGGUUGCCCGGACCGAGCUGAAACGGCGCUCGCUGUCAAAGCUGAGGUAGUCGCAACCACAGAAACGACGGAGCCGCGUUUCACUGACAAAGUCGAAGUGAAGUCAAAAACGGGGCAACACAAAAAGGACAGCAGAGACGCUAAAAGAGACGCUAAAAGAGACGCUAAAAGAGACGCUAAAAGGACGAAACACACUAAACAUCAUAAGCAGGCUGGGUCUGAGGUCGCCACUGUGGAGUGCGCUCACUGUCCGUCCUGUGGCGUCCGGUAUCCUAACCCCUGCUGCUGCUCGGCCCAGGGUCCCACGCAACCGGACCCCCCGUCCGCUGCUCCUCCAAUCAGAGUCAGCUGUCCCAAUACAGGAAGCGAGGUGCCUCGCAAAUCGACCCACAAGCACUCGCGCAAGCCCCACCAGGCAGCAAAGGGUUCAAGGGACCAUGACCAGCUUCCUAAAUCCCUGCUGGUGAAGAUUGAGCUCGGUCUGCUCUCUAGAGUCCCCCCGGAGUCCAGCAAUAACAAAGGGAUUCCCAGCAAGUCAAAGAGACCAGCGCUGGUCGUAGAGAAGGAUGAGGCAAGCAAAGAGUCUUCUAAAGCACACAAACCCGGAAAAGCCAAUAAAAAGUCUCAAAAUGUCAAGGUGGAGACUAAAAGCCCUCCCAAGAAGAAACCCAAGUUGGAAAACAAGGAUGCCUCAUUAAGUCGUACUUCUGUCAAAGUAGAGAGCUCCAACAAACCAAGCAAGGGUCAAACGAAGGCUACGAAAACAUCCCAGGACCCUGCAACGUCCAAAGACAUUGUUAAAGCGUCAAAGCUACAGGAUCACUCUUCUGCAAAGCUACCCAAGGCCGGUAAGGAGACGGAGAAGGCCACGGGUAAGGACUCCCUCAAGCACAAGAAGAUCAAAGGGAAACACCCACCACAACCCCCGCUCCAUAAAAAGGUAAAGGUCCCAAAGGGCAGUGUUGAUGUGCCAUCCACCUCCCAGCCCCAAAGAGAAGCCGUCAGCAACAGAUCCUUGCUGAAAUUUGACAAGAGACAGUAUCCAGUGAACCAUUAUAUAAAAGAGGCUAAGAAACUCAAACACAGGGCAGAUGCUGAGCCAGAUAAGCUUAGUAAAGCGUUCACCUACUUGGAAGCAGCCAUGUUCUUUGUUGAGAGUGGCAUUGCCAUGGAGAAGGAUCCCCAGAUUUCAAUGUCUUCCUAUACAAUGUUUGCAGAGACAGUGGAGCUCCUCAAAUUUGUACUGAAACUUAAAAACCCAGUGGACUCAUCUGCUGCCCCCUCAGAAAAGGACUUUUUAGCUUUAUGUUUGAAGUGCCAGUCGCUCCUGCACAUGGCCUUGUUUCGUCACAAACAAAAAACUGCAGUAAAGUUCUCAAAAACGCUCACAGAUCACUUUCAUAACUUUGCUCAGGGGUCGGACAAACAGCCCUCCUCAUCAAAGACAGCAGAAAACUCGUCCCCCAGCGUGCCGUCUCCAGCCAGCACCAGCUCAGGUCCCAGUUCCAACCACAGCGGGUCCGCCAUCGCUGCCGUUGGCGCCACCGUGGCGAUUCCUCAUGACAUAGAACAAGUGGCCUUUUCCUAUGUCAACAUCACUACAUUAUUUCUAAGUGCUCAUGACAUCUGGGAGCAGGCAGAGGAACUGGCACUACAAGGCAGCGGUAUUUUCCCAGAGCUGGACGCUGCCAUGGGCCCUCUGAGCCUGAUUUCAAGUAUGAGCUUCAUGGUCCGCUACGUCAGACAAGGAGUCCACUGGUUGAGACUGGGCACCCAAAAGCUAUGAUGCUGGAGGCCUAGACUUGUCUCUUUCGGACAUCAUCUUAUUUCAUCAUCAAAGUCCAUGGCAGAUGAUUGUUUUGGAAUUACCCGUUCUGGAGAUGGCUUCAUGAAUUCAUUUAAAACUUCUUUUUUUUUUUUUUUUAUCUUUCCCUGGGACAAAGAUAUCUGCGCUCAUCUAAAUCCUCUGCAUAUAUAUUAUGUUGUUCCUCAUGAUGUGAAACCAGAGCUUUAAACAAACAUGGAAGGAUGCAAAUCAAAUAUUACCAGAAGUGCCAUUUUGGGGCUCUGUGAAUCAUCUCACUUAAUCAUGUGCUUGUGGUUCAAAUAUUGCUGUGAGCCUUUUUUUUUUUUUU